AUGUCCGCUCUUAUGCAAGUUCACACUUUUAAGCCCGAGAGUCUCGGCACCAUCGAGAUUUUCGGCACAUCUCUAUCCACCAAGACCCAAGCCUUGCUCAUUGCUCUCGCCGAGUGCAAUGUGAAGUUUAUCCACCACCCAAGCCUGCCUAACUCGCCCGAAAUCGCGUACUUCUCGCCUUUCGGCACGAUUCCCGUGCUUGUGCAUCGUCCCAACGGUAUGUACUCAACGCGCGAUGCUGUUGUUCUUUUCGACAUGAUGGCCAUUUGCCAGUACCUCUCUGAGCUGCUCUGCUCCAUGGACACGCAGAAAACGUUCUGUCUCAUGCCAAAGGUGGAAAACGAACACAGCCGCAACUUUGCCGAUUCUGUCGUCUUGCGAUCGACCGUAAUCCAGCUCAACAACAUUGUGUCCUCAUUCAUCCAGACGGUUGUGGAGGACCGUUACGUUAAGCCGUACUUUGCCCUCCGUAACAACGGUGCGUCGCAGGAGGACAUUUCGAUGGCUCUCUCUGAGAACUUCUACAAUGCCAUGGAUGCUCUUAUCCAGCUUGAGAACAUGAUCAAGAAGACUCAGGAGCGUCUUCAGAUCACACCUGAGACCCACUUCAUCUUGGGUAAGGAGCCCACUUGGGUCGCCGUUUUCCUCUUCCCCAUUCUCCGUGACUUCCGCGCUACGAACCCUAAGACGGUGCUCACGGGUGGCUCGCAAGAGCGCCUUCCUCUUUUGGCCAACUUCCUCCAGGCCUUCGAGAUUCGCCACAGUGCUGUGUCCACGUUCCGUGGCUCUUUCGCUGCCUCGGUCUAA